GUGGAGCCUCCUGUACACUGUCACAUAUUGAGUCCAUCAUUAACGGGAUUUAACAGCUGAGAUUUUUGGAGACGCGGAACAGGAGGCUUUGAGGCGAUGUUUCCCGGUCUCCUCGCCUGAUUGGAUCAGUGAAAGAUGAUGUCAGACGACUGCAUGCGCCCGGGAUUGGAGCAAGCGGCGUAAACAAAGCCGCGAGGAGGAGGAGGAGAGGUCUCCACAUCUCUAGACAGUCCGACCGACACACCGAAUCCGACUUUACGCACAGGAGAGGGCGGCCCCGUCGGCGCGUACUCAUCUGCUAAACGCUGAAAGUUACUGACAGUCUCAAUUUAACGGGUGACGCGCUAAAAGACUUUUGGAAAAGCUGAAGGGAAACUUAUCAUCGUUUGUUUGUGUCGUUUUUUGUUGUUCUUUUUUUACUCCGGACAUUGUCCAUUCUUCUCGUUGGUCCUAACUCUGCGAAGCUGCUCCUGCAUAAGUAGGUGCGAAGGAAGCGCUCGUGUAGUCGUUGCAUUUUUUUUUUUUUAUGUCUAAAUGCAAUUAUGAAAAAAAUUAAUUCGUGAAGUCGAAUCAGAGCAGACAGGCGCACUCCUGCUGUGCAACCCGGUCGGUUGGAGCCAGUCUGCGCCGUUUGAAUUCGGUGUCCUCGUCCGGUAACUGGAGGACUGACAGACACAGAAAGUAAGAAUCAGACACUUGGGUCACUUUGAGGUGUGUUAGUGGAACGCGUGUCUCACACGUUCAGGUGUCCCGCCGAGCGGUGCGGAGUCUCCAGCUUAGGCCGGCCGCGCUGACAUGCUGCCCAAAGUCGAUACUGAAUCCUUGGGACUCUCUCGAUCGUAUGGGGAACAGGGGCACAUGCCAAGGAAUAUGCAAGCGCCCCAGAUAAAAAUGAUGGACUACUCUUAUGACGAAGACUUGGACGAGAUGUGUCCCGUGUGCGGGGACAAGGUUUCUGGCUAUCACUAUGGACUUCUGACCUGCGAGAGCUGCAAGGGCUUCUUUAAACGCACUGUCCAGAACAACAAGCGCUACACAUGUAUAGAGAACCAGAGCUGCCAGAUUGACAAGACCCAGAGGAAGCGCUGCCCGUACUGCCGCUUCCAAAAGUGCCUCACUGUGGGCAUGAAGCUAGAAGCUGUGCGGGCGGACCGCAUGCGCGGAGGUCGAAACAAGUUUGGCCCAAUGUACAAACGUGACCGGGCUCUCAAGCAGCAAAAGAAAGCACUGAUCCGAGCAAAUGGCCUAAAGAUCGAGGCCAUGAGUCAGGUGAUGCAGGCCGUGCCGACCGACCUCACCAUCUCCUCGGCCAUCCAGAAUAUCCACUCAGCCGCCUCCAAGGGCCUUCCACUGAGCCACCACACCGGUCACCACACUGGGCACCACCACCAUCACCACCACCAUCACCAUCAUGCCACUGCCCUGCCCCCCACAGACUACGACCGCAGCCCAUUUGUCACUUCACCUGUCAGCAUGGCAAUGCCGCCGCACGCCGGCAGCCUACAAGGCUACCAAGCAGCCUAUGGACACUUCCAGGGCACGCGCACCAUCAAAUCAGAGUACCCAGACCCGUACACCAGCUCGCCAGAGUCCAUCAUGGGCUACGCCUAUGUCGAUGCCUACCAGUCAGGCUCACCGCCCAGCUUCCCCCACCUGAUCGUAGAGCUGUUAAAGUGUGAGCCAGAUGAACCGCAGGUUCAGGCCAAGAUCCUGGCAUACCUGCAGCAGGAGCAGGCCAGUCGUGGCAAACAUGAGAAGCUCAACACCUUCGGCCUUAUGUGCAAGAUGGCCGACCAGACACUUUUCUCCAUCGUGGAGUGGGCACGCAGCAGCAUCUUCUUCCGUGAACUUAAGGUGGAUGACCAGAUGAAGCUGCUGCAGAACUGCUGGAGUGAACUCCUCAUCCUCGACCACGUUUUCCGGCAAGUGGUGCACGCCAAGGAGGGCUCCAUCCUAUUGGUCACAGGCCAGCAGGUGGACUAUGCAGUGAUAGCUUCACAGGCAGGAGCCACCCUCAACAACCUGUUGAGCCACGCACAGGAGCUGGUGGCCAAAUUGCGCUCACUGCAGCUGGACCAGCGGGAGUUUGUCUGCCUCAAGUUCCUAGUCCUCUUCAGCCUGGAUGUGAAGAACUUGGAGAACUUCCACCUCGUAGAAAGUGUCCAGGAGCAGGUCAACGCAGCGCUGCUGGACUACGUCAUGUGCAACUACCCGCAGCAAACAGACAAGUUUGGUCAGCUGCUCCUCCGGCUACCAGAGAUCCGAGCCAUCAGCCUGCAGGCUGAAGAAUACCUUUACUACAAACACCUGAAUGGCGACGUGCCCUGCAACAACCUGCUCAUUGAAAUGCUCCACGCCAAGAGAGCUUAGGAGAGGACUGCGCUACCCAUAAUGCAGUUGUGUCGCAGCGCCACAAACUCUAAAUAAUGAACCUACAGCUCAGACUUGAACGGGCGAUGACCUGAAGGAUGGAAAGCAGAGUGUGUUAGAAACUCUUUGUCGAUACUGAGCUCGCGGUGGUGUCAAAGUUACAACUUAAAGUACAGAUCUGGACAAGCACACAUGAAAAACAACAUAUGGAUCCCUUUAUUCUCAAAAAGAAAAAGAAAAACUGUCUGAAAGCAGAGCCGCUGCUCAAAACCGACAGAAGAAGACAAUGUUGGAAAGAAAAAAAAAAGCACCAACAAAAAAACUUGAAACAAACACUGCAUUUGCAUUUACACCACGAGCUGGCAUCUCAUCGUCUGCACAAGCACGGACUACCAAAACUGGCAGGCUGCAACUGCAAGAAUUAACAACCCGUGAGUGUUUUAGCACUGGUGACACAGUGAGAGGCUUCUUGCGCUGAGAAAGGAGGAUGAUUAACGUCAUGCAUCCGUCACACACACAGCUGUGACCAGAGCAGAGGCUGAUUCUGGUCGCUAACCCUCCAGGGUGCCCACUCACCUCAACCAGCUUUUAGCUGUGGUUGGUACUGUAAAGACAAACUGGGGAAACAAACUGAGACUCUUACCUACUACCAUGGUUGUUGUUGUUUUUUUUUUGUUGUUGUUUUGCCACGGCAGCUUGACCUGACUGAAAAGGGAGAACUGAUGGUUUAAGAAAAAAAAAAAAUACAAAAAUAAAAAUAAAGGUCUGAAAACUGAACAUUCUAUUAAUGAACAAAAUGAUAAAUGAAAAAAAUACAAUGUUUUUUUUCCCCUCUUGUAAUGGAAUUCAUUUGCUAGUCAUGGUCACUUUGUGGUUCCCCUUUCUUAUUCACCUUCCAAGUCAUCUUAAACUAUGUACCUCAGAAAGACCAGUGUUAAAUAAAUUCAGUUAAUAAUG